CUCUCUCUCUCUCAUGUGUCUACCAUUCAACAACAAUUGAGGGGGACUUUGGACUUGUGCUAUCGUUACAAAUAGCAAAGCAGAAACAUGAAAUUUGCCACCCUGUUCUUGUCCUGGAGAAAUCUGAGGCGAGUGUGGACUUCUUAUGCAGGAUCUUUCUAAAGCUUCACAAAAAUGUCUUAAACCAUCAGACACUAAAACCUUGUAUGUAAUAUCUCAUAGCUUGCCCGCCCAAGGAAAGAGGGUGCGAUAAGUCGAGAUGCUCUCUGGAUAUUAGCGUCAAAGUCACAACGGUUAAGUCUCUUCUUCCUAGGCAAGGUCUGGAGGACUAUGUAUGUGUUGGCUAGUUUGGGUGGAUAACUCGGAAAGUUCCGUUUGUUCCAACAACUCGGGUUGGGAACGAAGGUUAUCAAUUGUUUACCUUUCCGGGAGUGCGAAGGACGGUUUAUCUUUCUUUAGGGCAAGAUGCUGAGAUUUUAGUGGGCAUGCAACGCUCUGGAAGUUCGCCGCGUUGGUGAAGAAGAAAUGGAUAGCAGUGCGAGUAGCAGCAGUGGCAAUGAGAGGGAGAAUGCCAUCUUGAAUUCCAAGGCCGAGUCUUGUUGUGGCCAGUUCCGAAAUGGCUCUAACCCUUGGAUGGCCAGAUAUCUGUAUGCUUUGAUGUUUCUAGUUUGUAAUCUACUGGCUUGGGUCGCUCGGGAUUACGGCUACGGUGCCCUCAAAGAAAUGGAGAGAUUAGAAGGAUGUCAUGGUGCACAAGAUUGUUUGGGCGCAGAAGGAGUCUUGCGGGUCAGCUUGGGAUGCUUCACCUUCUACUUCAUAAUGUUUCUUUCAACGGUCCACACAUCGAAGUUGCAAGAGCCUAGAAAUGUAUGGCAUUCCGGGUGGUGGUCAGUCAAGAUUGUUCUCUUGAUUACCUUGACUAUCGUCCCCUUUCUGGUUCCUUCUGCCUUUAUCCAGAUCUAUGGAGAGGUUGCACAUUUUGGUGCCGGGGUUUUUCUUCUCGUUCAGCUUGUAAGUAUAAUCAGUUUCAUCAUGUGGCUGAACAAUUGCUGUCAGUCUGAUAAAGAUCCAGAGAAGUGCCACAUCCAGGUGUUAUUACUUGCAGCUACUGCAUAUGUUGUUUGCAUCGGGGGGAUCAUUUUAAUGUACAUCUGGUAUGCACCGGAGACGUCUUGUCUACUUAACAUUUUCUUCAUCACUUGGACUCUUGUGCUCCUGCAACUCAUGACCAGCGUCUCUCUUCACCCAAAAGUCAACGCUGGCUUCUUGAUUCCUGGUCUCAUGGGACUCUAUGUUGUGUUUAUCUGCUGGUGUGCCAUUCGAAGUGAACCAGCAGGAGAAAGUUGCAACAGGAAAGCUGCAGCUUCCCACAGUACUGACUGGCUCACAAUCAUAAGCUUCAUUGUAGCGAUGCUUGCCAUUGUCAUUGCUACCUUUUCAACUGGAAUCGACUCCCAAUGCUUUCAGUUCACGAAGACUAAAGUGAAAGCUGACAGUGAUGUCCCAUAUGGCUAUGGCUUCUUCCAUUUUGUUUUCGCCACGGGAGCAAUGUACUUUGGAAUGCUGUUUAUUGGCUGGAACAGUCACUACCCUAUAAAGAAGUGGACAAUUGACGUGGGAUGGACGAGCACUUGGGUCAAAAUCGUCAACGAGUGGGUCGCAGUCUGUGUUUUCAUAUGGAUGGUCGUAGCACCGGUUGUGCGGAAGAGCAGGCAAGCUGGUGGAACUACAUCCGUAGUCUGAAAGUUCUAAAUCUGCAGUUCCAUGUAUGUAAUGCCCGGCGUCAUCCAACUUGUGCAGAUGCAAUAGUAAAUUGAACCCGCAAAUGCUCCGCCGGAUAAUUCGGUGGAUAGAGUAGGAAGCAGUUGAACGGUCCUGGCCCAGGAUGAAAGAGUCAGAAGACGCGAAUCUUUCGUGCAGUUAGUUAAUCAUAAACGCGUCUUGGCUUUCA